GGGCAAUGAAUGAUUAACUAACAAGCAGUCCGAUAGUAAUCAACUUCUUUUCUACCUUCUCGACCCUUCUCCCUGCUUCUCCAUUCUUCUCCUUUCUUCUUGGUCUCUCUUCUCUACAACCUCCUUUGGUUCUAGGGACUUUCCCUUGGAACUAAUCCCUUCGGCUAAUAAACCGGGCAACUCUCUCCCCCGUUAUGUUGUAGAGAGAUUUUUCUUCCCAAAUUUAUGUUGGGUUUUGCUUCUCCUCAGUUUUGGUUAUUCUCAAGACAAGCUUUUAAAAUCUUUUUUGCUGAGGAGGGAAAGUUGCUAGAUCUUGAUGGAUCUUUCAUAUUGGGUGCUGUGAGAUUAUGUGAGAUGCUGGAGGUGCUAUGGCCUUCUUUAGCCAAGUGGAUGUUGAGCGGUCAGGCCCUUUCACUUUUGGUGCUUUUGAUUCCCUGUUCAUGCAGAAUUAGUUGUUCUUAGGGGCGGUCCUACCCUAAGGGCAGGGUAGGCAGCCGCUUACUCCAUUUUUUGCCAAACUAUAUAUUACCCAAUACUUAAUACAAUUAUAUCUUUUCAGCCUACUCAAUUAUAUCUCUUCAGCCUACUCAACCCCAAUCCACUCAAAUGUUUCCCCCACUUAACAAAAACAAUAGACCAGCCCACUCAAACUUUCUCAUUUAACAAAAACAAUAAAAGCAAUAUCAACUCAAAUGCUCCAGCCCAACCGACAUUCUCCACUCCAACCCCAUGGGCCAUGCCCACUUAUAUUAUACUUCAAACACUUCUUCUCCCUUGAGCAAAUUGGUUGGCUGCAACCCGACGGUCCCCACCUCUUUUCUCCUUGGCAGCAAUAGCAAGAUCUUCAACAGCUUCUUCUCCUUCCUUGUCGACAAUGGUAGAUAAGCAAUCAAAGCAACAAGUGAUGGACAAAAUUCACUCAUACCGUUGAGUUUUUAAGGUAAGUUUCGCCUACUUGGCUUUUGAAUCCUGGAUCCGCCACUAGUUGUUCUCAUGGUCUCUCUGUAGCAUCGGUGCUGUAAAAGGUCUUCUUGAUCCUCUAUCUGUCAACUUUGAGCUCUCCCUCCACACCCCUUCCUUGUGAAUAUUUUGUACGGAGGACAAUGAGUCCCAGGGAAGGAGGAGCUCUUGCCAAGAUGAGAAAACCAACAACAACAAUGGAUCAUCAAACCUCCUCCUCCUCGGCAUCAGUUGAUAAUAAUUAUUUUAAUGUUUCUCAUAAUCAUGUCACCGACAACAACUUGAAUAAGAAGAAGAAGAAGAAGAAGAGAAACAAGGCCAAACCCAUACAGUACAGCUUGAUGUCGUAUUGGGAGUUGCCGGAGUACAUGAAAGACAACGAGUUCAUUCUCAAUUACUACAGAGCCAAUUGGCCUCUCCCUCAAGCUCUCUUUAGCGUUUUCCGUUGGCAUAACGAAACUCUCAACGUUUGGACGCAUUUGAUUGGGUUUGUUCUGUUUUUGGGUUUGACUAUGGCGAAUUUGUUGCGAGUGCCUCAGGUAGCGGAUCUCCUUGGCUUUUUUGCCAGGUCUACACCUAUUAGUGCAGUUACAAAUGUUUCCCGUAAUUUCAUUUCGGGGAUCGUGACAACAAAUCUUAUUGAUUUGAAGCAAAUCACAUCUCAGGAAAUGGAAAUUGCAGCAGCUGGUCAUGAAAUGGGUGGCGUGGCAUAUUGGCCUUUUUAUGUGUUCCUAGGAGGCUCUUUGUUCUGCCUUCUCUCGAGCAGCAUUUGUCACCUCUUUUCAUGUCACUCUCACCCCUUGAACCUCCUGCUGCUGCGCAUCGAUUAUGCCGGCAUCACCAUGAUGAUCAUCACCUCAUUUUUCCCUCCAAUUUACUACAUCUUCCAAUGUGACCCGCGCUGGCAAUUCAUCUACCUUGGUGGCAUCACAAUCAUGGGCGUUUUCACCAUCAUAACACUGCUCUCUCCCAAGCUUUCCAGCGGCAAAUUUCGCACAUUUCGAGCCUUGCUGUUUGCAUCCAUGGGGUUGUUUGGGAUUGUGCCUGCAGUCCAUGCCAGCAUUGUGAACUGGGGGAACCCGCGGCGCAACGCCACUCUGGUUUAUGAGGCUGCCAUGGCAUUUUUCUAUUUGACAGGGACUGGAUUUUAUAUCACUCGGAUUCCAGAGAGAUGGAGGCCCGGAUGGUUUGACAUAGCAGGGCACAGCCAUCAGAUUUUUCAUGUUUUGGUGGUUUUGGGUGCCUUGGCGCAUUAUGCUGCCAUUCUUGUAAUGCUAGACUGGCGAAAUACCUUUGGCUGUGACAAUAACAACACUACGUAAUAUAAAUGAGCAACCGUAGGUUAAUCAGCUAGAGCCUGUGCUUGAUUUAUAUUGAUGGGUAGAGGGAUUAUUAUUGUUGAUUUUGUAAUGAGUAAGAGAGAGCUUGGCCUCGGAAGAUAAUUAGAGGCUGUCAUUUUAUAUUUGUUUUUAGAAGAAUUCCAGGAUAAGGAAAAUAGGUGCAAAUUUGUUUUCUAUUAUUUUAUUUAUUUAUUAAAAAAAUUAUCGCAAUUGUAUGAACAA